CAACAGCAUGAAGCUGAUUUUUCCUGCAAUUUUGAUCGUAACUGUGAGUACGCCUCAAUUUAAUUAUCUCCCAAUUCUUAUAUAACCUUUCUCUAGAUUUACCUGUGUUGCAUUGAAGGAGCAAGGAAUAGAAAAGUCAAGAUUAUUGGCAAAAGCAAAUAUAUAUUUUUAUUUUAAAUUCUGCUUAAUGUUACGCAACAAAUAUUUUAGAUAUUAAAGUUGUUGUCAAGCAAGCGAAGCCCGCAGCAAAUGCUCGACGAAAGUUUGUUAUCAGAUGCUGUGGACGUCAAAAAUGCUCUAAAUUUAGUUCACCGUCCAAUAAAACACAAUCUCGAAGUAGCACCGGAAAGGCAAAUUCUGGAAUAACGAUAGAAGCAGAAGCCACAAGAAAUGCAGAGGCCUCAGAAAAUUCCGAAAAUUCAAAACAAGACAUUGCAACUACAGAGAAAGAUAACUUGCAAACGAGCGGAGACAAAUUAAUGACGCAAACCGAUGCUGCUCAAAAUGAUUUGCCAACGGAUGCACAGCCGAUAGCUGCCACGGAGCUAUCAACUUCACCACCCUCAAAUAAUCAGCCGACUGUUGAUCCAAUUCUAACAAACAAUGAAAAUUCCCCUGCUGGUCCAGAAUUAACAACUCCUCUAUUUUCCGCCCCAACACUUGGCGCAUCUGCUAACUCACCUGGAAUUUCAAACGCCAUUACUACAGCACCAUUAAUAGUUGGGUCAACAAUUAAAGCAUUGGGAACAACGGCAACAACUAUUGCACCACCAAAAGCAUCAUCUGUUACAACAGUUAAUCUAGGAACAACAAAAAUUAGCGCGGCAUCAGCGACAUCAAGUAAAGCAGCAGCAGCAACAACAACAAUGGCAGCAGCAGCAGCAACAACAAAAAAUAAUGCAGCAGCAGUGACAACUGGAGCUGCAGCAGCAACAACUGCAGCAGCAGCAGCAGCAGCGACAACAAAUAAUGCACCAGCAGCAGCAACAACAACUGUAGCAGCAGCAACAACAACUACAGCUGCAACAACCACGACAACUCAGUUUUCCCUUUGUCCAAAGUCGUCAUGUGCAACUUAUGCGAUGGCUCUAGAUAGCGCGCAGCAGAGUGCUGCACCGACGGCAGGAAAAUUCACAUCGGCCUGUGGCAGAACCUUUUUCAUUGGAAGCACUACAUCUGACUACAAAACGGCUGCAGCCAGUUGCUUGAAAUUGAAUUUAACUUUGGUUUCUCUCAACACAAUUGCAAAGUUUCCUUGUAUUUCCCAGCUGGUGCUUGGUAAAAUUCUACUUUAUCGUGCUUUAAUUUUGAUUCACAUUUAAAGAAUCGUUAAAAAAAUAUUGGACCUCUGGUUCCAACGAGGGUGAAAUGUGUGACGUGUUGAAAACGUACAGCUGGUGUUCAAUGAACGGAAUCAAUUUUGGAACACAAAUCAUGAAUACAUCUCUGUGGAGCAAUCCUGUUGCCAAAGACCCAACUCUCGAACGCUGCAUUUCUUAUAUUGUCGACGGACUUAAGAGUGGUUUGCUGCAUUCUGCUUGCACAGAAAAACUGUUAUAUAUUUGCGAGCCAUCAUGUGCGAUGCCUGCCUCUCCAGAGUGCAAGGCUAACGCAUCAUUAUUCGAUGGAGCUGGAAACCUGAUUGACCCAGGAAGUUACGGAUAUUGGCCAAAUGCGUGUGGUGACACGUUUCUUUUUGGAAAUCGACCACUCACUUGGGAGGCCAACGUUAAAAUGUGCUGCAGUUUGGGCAUGCAACCAUUUUACAUUAAUUCCAAAAGCGAUCAAUCAUGUAUAUCAAGCUUGACUCUUUUUAAAAACUGGAAAUACAACUUAAACUACUGGACGGGCGCCACGAGGCAAGGGUGCCCCCAGCAGUGGGCUUGGGGUGGCAAUGAGAUGACCGGAAUUCCCACCGAUAUAGUUUGGGAAGUCGGCCAGCCGGACAACAAGGGUGGCAGAGAAGAUUGCAUACACUUGAAAGUGAAAAACAGCACGGAAGGUACUGUGAUCACCGACCGAAACUGCACAGACAAGUACAUUUUAGCAUGCAGAGUGAGUUUUGCUGCGAUUAAUUUUUUUUUGGUAAAUUCUGCCGUUUAAUUAAUCUAGGGAAAACCGGCUUUGAGCUCGUACUGCAGUAAACCAUCUUGCCCCAAUCAAGACUGCACCCUUAAUGUAAAUAUAGGAGGAUUAUCAUAGUUAUCAUAAUAAUUCCAUAUCAUAUUUUAUCUAGGACACACUUUUUACUAAGUUCAAAAACGGCACAGUGAUUCUCAAUGGUGAGAAUAAUUAUUUUAUAUUUUCUUGUAUGCAUACUUAUAUUUGGUUAAAAAGAUUACUUUUCAUACGGAUCUUGGUUUGAUGCGUGCGGCAGAAAAAUUCUCUUCGCUGAAAAACCACUAAGUGUGGUUGAUGCAAGAAAAUAUUGCUGCCAAAUCGGAUUCACAAUGCUGUCUUUGGAAACUGUAGAAAAGCAAAUAUGCUUCAAUAAUUUAGCAAGGCGGCAUAAAUAUACAAUUUCUGGAGAUUACUGGACUUCAGGAACUAAUCAAAAUUGCACUAGCAAAUUUUUGUGGUGCUCAAAUGAAAAGAAUUUCUUUAAGAACGAAACCAGGUGGAAAGCAGGAAAUCCAACUGCAAACGGAAAUUGCGUUUACGCAAACUUCAACUCAUCCGAUGCAAACUAUACAGACCUAGGAACAGCAAAUUGCAUUGAAAAAAAGAGAUUCGUUUGCGAGAUGCGACAGAAGAACACUGGGAGAGAUGCUCUUCAAAGCGAAUGCGCGAUUCUCUGGAAUGUCUCCGCUACUGAAAUAGCUUUGUUCAAACUUGGACUGGCCGGCACAGCUUCAUAUUCGUAUCGGCUGAAGUGCUUCAUCCGAUGCAUUGGCAUAAACGUGGGAAUGUUUGCGGACAACGCUUUGGUUACUGACGAGCUUCUGCGCAAACUGGAAAUAAUUGCAAAUGACGACCCUCCAACUCUGCAAAGCGGAUUCGAUGCUUUCGACAUAUGCAGUCCAUUGAGGUACGAUGACGAGUGCCUCACAGCGUCAAACAUUUACACGUGUGGACUACAAAAUGCACCAAUUUUGACCACCGGCAUGGUGGACGACGGUAAAAAUAAUGUGACGAUCUAUGGUCCCCCUGCUCACUGUACUAUAAGAGAAAACGCGUGCUAUAUUAGCGAUGAUUUGCCAUGCGUUGUAGACGCAGCUCGCCGCACCAAAUUUUUGGCUGGAAAUGAUCCCCUCAUGACGUACGCAAUUAAAGCUGGAAAAGUCUAUGGAAUAUCGCAAGACUUGUACUCGCCCAGUCCAAUAGAUAUUUCUCUCCCUCAGGCAUUUACGAAUUGCUGCAGCGUGGGCUUGAGGCUUGCGCAUCCAAUGUCUGUCAAUGAAAUUACUUUCUUACGCAAUUACGUGGAUACUUCGCCUAACGCAAUCGUACUCGUGGGUGAACUUUUAAAAAUAAACAGUACUCACAACGCCUGGUGCGAGACAGGAGAACCUGUGCCUGAUUAUCUCUACGAUGUAACCGAUAAUAUCGGCGUCCCUCCCGAAAACCAGAAUUCUAAACCUGAUUGUAAUUAUAAUGCAUAUACCUUGCACACUGACACCAGAUUGCUGAUGAAAUUAACUCUUGGCCUCACCUAUAACGAUCCUACCGCUGCAAGAUUUUAUGUUUGUCAGAAUGUAUAAUUUAAAUAUUUUGGAUUAUUGCUUCACUCACCUAGCAAAUUUUGAUCCUCUGUUAUCUUGUUCUCACCGUCAGUUUUCACGUGUUCUUGAUAUGAAGUGAAUCAUAAUAGCAAUGACAAUAUUAGUCCCUUUUAUGCAUCAAACUCUGUAAUGUUGAAUUAAUUGUGUGCAAAAUGCUUUUCAGAUUCCUUAGCGAAAUUGAUCGCAAUUUUAUAUUUUAAACAUGCUCCAAACAUUUGAGGAUUAAAUAUUAGAACUGCACGGGGAGUUGGCAAAAAUUCUGUUAAUCCUCCAUUUACUGCAAAACAACAGCACAAAUUUUUACAAUUGUUUUCAUUCUGUAGUGUGACGAGUGAUUUUGCUUCUAUUGUAUCCAAGAGUUUCAGCGGGUUGUUUGUUAACACAUUUAAAUAAUGCCUAAUUUCUCCUUAAUGUGAUUGGCGUUUGAUUGAAAAAAAUUAUAAAUUAUGUAAAUUGACUUUGUUUUGGAGAAAUAAAUUGAAUUGAAUUGAA